UUACGUGUCGUCGCGCAGCUUUUCUACCAUGUAUAAUAUCUGCGCAACGACGCUGUAACGAUACCGAAUUGUCGCUAAGGAGUUACAGAAUUCCGCUACUGGUCGGUCGGAGCUGGUCGGAGCUCUUUCGCGCUCAAGGCAGAGGCAGAGAUAGGCAGAGAGAGGGACGCCGCAACGACUCACGUUGCACGUGUGGUGUGGUAAGCACGUCCCGAAAAGAUGGCGCCCGAAUGAAGGACGCUGAGCGCGAGUGUUUGCCAGUUCCGAAGUCGCGUUUCGCACACAUCCGUACAGUCAGGGCCCCGACGUGGUCGGCCCGCCCGUUCGCAGAAUGAGCAAUUUGUCGCCGUUCGGUGGCGGCAAGAAUCCACCGUGGGUCCGCAAUGCAGGACAAGGUAUACAAAAUAUCCAGCAGCAAAUGUUGGGUCAAGCCAUGGGAAGUAUCGGAGGACAGCCUAUGGUGCAAUAUCAACAGCAGACCCAACAAGUGUACCAACAAAGUCUGGGGCUGCAGCAGCCUAAUAUUACCAUGGCAUCCAUGGCAACCCUUGGAUCAAAUUUACCAUCGGGUAUAGCAGGACAGCUGUAUCCCCAGGUUGCUACAGUUUCUUAUCCAACGCCACGAGCAUUGAACACAAACGCUUUCCAACCUUCUGUGGCUGGUGUACCACAGCAGGUGCAACAGAAUGUACCUUCCUCAUCGACAAAACAGAGAGUUUUCACAGGCACUGUUACUAAAGUACAUGAUAACUUUGGCUUUGUAGAUGAAGAUGUAUUUUUUCAAACUAGUGCAUGCGUGAAGGGAUCUAAUCCUGUAGUAGGAGAUCGCGUGCUCGUAGAAGCGUCCUACAAUCCCUCAAUGCCAUUUAAAUGGAAUGCUACUAGAAUACAAGUGCUGCCCAUGGGUAACAAUAGCAACAAUGCAAACACUCAACAAACCAAUCCGCCGAACCGUCAGCAACAGCAGCAACAGCAACAGCCGAAUAGGACGUCGGGUACUUACAAUGCUGUACCUCCUCCUGCAGAAAAUCCUAAUAACAGUAGGUUUACAACAAGUACGACAAAUUCCAACACUACCAGCAACCGUAACAAAGUCAGUAGAGUAAGAGAAAGAUCUCCUCGCGAGCGGAGGAAUGACGACGAGGAGAUAGAAAGAAAGAGACGUCGCGAAGAGAGAAUAAGAGAGCGUGAGAAGAAGGAAGACCGAAGCCCAUCGAGGACCAGAAGGAGCAAAUCGCCGAGGCCUCGCCGGCGUACGCGAGUUGUACCGCGUUACAUGGUGCAAAUACCGAAAAUUGCACUUGACCUGCCUGAAGCAGAUGUUCUUGAGAUAAGAAGACGCUAUCAAAAUAUGUACAUUCCUAGCGACUUCUUUUCCACUAACUUCAGAUGGGUCGAUGCCUUUCCACCUCAUAUGCCAUUUACUCUUAAUAAACCGUGCUCCUUUCAUGUUAUGCAUAAAGAUGUUGAUCCGUGUAAUGAAAAUACAGCGGUACUAGAACCAUCGGAUGCCGAUUAUCUGUUCUCUGCGAAGGUCAUGCUUAUAUCCAUGCCUGCUAUGGAAGAGAUAUACAAAAGAUGUUGUGGCGUUUCCGAAGAUAGAGAUCCCGAUCGCGAUUACGUUCACCCUACACGCCUUAUAAAUUUCUUAGUAGGCUUGCGGGGGAAAAACGAGACAAUGGCUAUAGGCGGGCCGUGGAGUCCCUCGUUAGAUGGUCCUAAUCCUGAAAAGGAUCCGUCUGUGUUAAUUAGGACAGCCGUGAGAACCUGUAAAGCGCUUACCGGCAUAGAUUUGUCCAGUUGCACUCAGUGGUACCGCUUCCUGGAACUCUACUACAGACGCGCGGAAACGACCCACAAGUCCGGGCGAGUGGUACCCUCUCGCGUUGAAACCGUCAUACUAUUUCUCCCAGAUGUAUGGAGCUGUGUACCUACCAGAUUGGAAUGGGACGGGCUGCAACUCAACUAUAAGAAACAACUGGAACGAAAGUUGCUGCGUGCUGCCUCUAAUCCCGACGAUUUGGAUGCUGCCAAUGAGACUGAUGAGGCUGCCGCCGCUGAUCAAAAGGAUGAUUCGAUGCCCGAGAAAAAGGAUCCUACGCAUUAUUCCGAGUUAGAUCCAAAAUCGAUGAACGUGAACGAAUUGCGUCAAGAAUUAGCAGCUCGUAAUUUAAGCUCAAAAGGUUUAAAGUCACAAUUGUUAGCUAGACUUUUGAAGGCUGUAAAGUCCGAGCAAGCCAAAGAAGAAGGUCGGCAGGACGAAGCGGAUGAAAAUGAAGAAGAUGUCUCACCAACAUUGAAGGAAGAGGAUGACAAAAAAUUCAGAGAUAGUAAAGAUCAUGAUGAAGAUAAAAGAAAACUUUAUGAACGCGAACGUACUGUACUCGAAAAAAGAUACACUUUGCCUGAUUCAUCGCACAUUAUUGUUCAUCCAUCUAGAAUGGCUAAGAGUGGCAAAUUUGAUUGUACAGUGAUGUCUUUGAGCGUGUUACUGGACUAUAGACCAGAAGAUACCAAGGAACAUUCUUUUGAAGUAUCUCUCUUUGCGGAAUUAUUCAACGAAAUGUUGAUGCGAGAUUUUGGUUUUCGUAUCUAUCGUUCGUUAUCCAGCCUCCCUGAAAAAACCAAGGAGAAAGACGAGGAUAAGAAAAAGGAUAAAAAAGAUGAUAAAAGAGAUGACAAGAAAGACGAUAAGAGGAAGGAAGAUGAAAAGAAAUCCAGUAAGAAGGAUGAAAAGCGAGACGAUAAGAAGAGAGAAGAAACUAAGGAUAAGAAAGAUGAAAAAGAUGCGAAAUGUAAGGUGGACGACAAAGACAGAGAAAAGGAGAAAAAUGAUGACGAGGAAGAAGAUGAAGAUGAUGAAUCAGAUGAUGAUGACUCUGUGAAAGACGGUCGGAAGGACAAAGAUAAAGACGGAAAGAAGAGAAAAACAAAAUUAUACACACACGAUCCUUAUCUUUUACUCUCCUUUGUGUAUUUUGAUCAGACGCAUUGUGGAUAUAUAUUUGACAAGGAUAUCGAGGAACUCAUUUAUACCUUGGGAUUAAAUUUGUCAAGAGCUCAAGUGCGUAAAUUAGUACAAAAAGUUGUUACGAGAGAUUCUCUACAUUAUCGCAAAUUAACGGACAAAUCGAAAGAAGAUGACUUAAAGGAUGAAAAGAAGGACGAUAAGGAAAGUGACAAGGGGGAAUCAGGCAAAGCGGAUAAUGAGGAGGAUAUAUUACGUUCGCUCGCUCUUGGAAAUAAAAAAUUAUUACCUGUAUUUGUGGGUAGUGGACCACCCUCAAAAAGAGCACGAAGAGAGGACUGUAUUGUAGAAAAAACUGAUGAAGAAACGAUUCCGGAAGGUAUCGUUAUGUACAAAGGUUCUUUACUAGAUGUAGAAAAACUUGUCAGUCAGUUGAAGAGAUCUGAAAAAGCACGUUUAGAUACCGAGGAUCGUAUGAUGGAAUUGCAACACGAGCUAACUGUAGUUAAUGAGAAAUCGACAAAACAAACUAGUAGUAUUAAGGGUCUUUCGGAAGACUUGAAAAUGUACAAAGAUAAAUUACGGAGUUCAGACGAAAAGCUCAAGAAAGUCUCUGCGGAUUGCCAUAGUUAUCUGACUGCUGUGAAAAAUAUAUAUCACAUAGCAGCCAAAGUGAUGCAGAGUGAUACGAGAAAGGUAGAGGUAGUAGAAAUUCAAGAUGAAAAGGUUAGCGGAGAGAUAAAUGGCUCCGAGAUGGAAAGCAAGUUUAAAACCGAUACUAGGUGGGGAGAUAACAAAGUCCAAGUGAAAAAAGAACCCACCGAUGUAGACAAAGAUAAGAAAUCUGACAAUAAAACUUCUGUCAAGAGAGAAAUUGCUGAAGCUGACAAGGAAAAGAAAUAAAUCUUAUCUAUUUAUUAUAGUAAAUAUAUGCACCGACAUGAAGUUUAAUCUUAUUUCAUGUGCACGUGUGCAUGCACACGUGCUGUUAGAAACACACAAAAAAACAAAGCAGAUGCAACUAGCAAGAGGUUUAGCCAACACCAAACUAAGUGAUUGGGACUCGAUUUUGUAACUUUUUUCACUCAAGUGAUAAUAUGUGAUGGCAUCUUUAAAUAGUAAUAACAAAGAGAAGCACUUAAAAGCAUGCAUAACAAUUCAUAAAAUCAUCGUUAAAAUAUCUUUUUUUUUUCUUGAAUUUUUUCGCAUCAUUCAGAAUAAAUGGAUAAAUUUAAAAAGGCUUACAAAAUACCAUUGAUCUGCCAUUAAAUGCCAGAUAUUGAUACGCCGAUAGAUUAUAUCAUUUAUAAGUUCAACAAUAUAUUAAUACCAGUUAUUUGAUUCAGAUAAAAAAUGCGUGAAGGUUUUUACUGAAAGUAAUAAUAAUGUAAACAUGAAAUAUGUGUUUUCACCAUCGUUUGUCUACAUUAUCAUAAAAUAAUUUUUUUAAUGAAACUUAUCUAUAAGAGCAUUUGGAAUUAUUUUGUGUAUUUUAAACUUAAGUUAUAUAUAACAUAAUAUCAAUUAGAUCGUAAUACAUACAUUUUUGUUAUUUAUCAUUUUUUAAACUAUGUUUCUUAAUGAAAACAGAUUGAUAAUUUUAAUCUAACAUAUGAUACAUGCUUUAACGCAAUAAAUGUAAUACCAAUGAUAAAAUUAUAUCAAUAUUUGGUUUCUGUAGGCAUAUCUGUAUUAUUGCGUUUUUAUUGAAUCUUGCGAAAUUCUCUCUUAUCUCGCGCGCUGCUGAUCGAUGUUAUAAUAUAGCCACAGCAUGCGAAGUAUUUCAAAUUUGUUCUUAUUGAACAAUUGUUUAAAGAAAAUUUAUUUUUUGAAAUUGUUCAAAAGUGACUAAACUUUCCAAUAAUUUUGAGAAUAAUGAAAUAAAUAAUUAUUUUAUUACUGUGCAGCAAUAAACAAAUUUUUUUGUCGUAUGUUGUAGAUGAGAAAAUAUCUAUAGUUUCAAAGCAAUUCGAGUCAAUGAGUUUUUUUUCUUAGCCUAAGCUAGUAUAAAUACAAAUUCAUAAUAUCCUUUAAGUUAUACAUUGUACGUCCACCGAAUGUCAGACACAUUUAUCCAAAAAUUAUACUACGCAAAAACGUGUUCUCGAACGUGAGCGAUCGUGCGUGAUCGCGCGUUCUAUCUCUCAGACUUGCAGUUUGCAACUCACGAUGCCAAGGAUACUAUUUUGUACAUAUUUUAGCUAUUAUAUAGAAAUUUUUUGUAGUUUAUUAAUAGAAGGCCACGUUCUUGUCAAAAAAAAGAAACAAAAGUAGCACCGUGUGAGAAUAUAUAAAAUAAGAGCAUAAAAUGCGCAAAGUUCUGAAACUGUGUAUGUCAACUGCUAUACAAAUCUUAUAAAAAAAGAGAGAAACUGUAAUUAUCUCCUUGGGCACAUGGUAGUCAAAAAUACAACGGUAACAAUAAAAAUUGUUUAAACAAUGA